AUGACUCUGCAGGCUGUGCGACCCAGACUUGCUCCGAAGGGGCACGCUGGCCCUUGGGCCACCGGUGUAUUUAAUGCGGCCGGUGACGGCAAGAGCGACUCACCGAGUCUGCACCCGACAAUCUGGGAGACAAGUGCGACGUCUCGAUUCAAUCUAGACGUGCUCCGCAUCAUAUCUCAAGGCGACACCAUGAAGGUCAUCAUUGUGGGAGCUGGAAUCGCAGGACUAGCCGCAGGCAUCGGUCUCCGACGAGGAGGACACCAGGUCACGAUCUACGAACGCUCCAGCCUCGCCCGCGAAAUCGGCGCCGCGCUAAACAUCUGUCCAAACGCCUCGCGCGUUCUGUUAGAAUGGAAAUUCCAAGUCGAGCGUGCGCGCCUGGUCACGGCCCGUCGGCACAUCCUCGCCCGCGGAGACACGCUCGAGACCCUGAGGGACAUGGCGUACCCGGACUUCCGAGAGCACUCUGGCGGCCCGUGGUACUUGGCUCACCGAGUUGAUCUACAUAACGAGUUGCAACGACUGGCGCGGGAUCCGGAGGGACAGGGUCGGCCUGUGGAUAUCCGGCUGCGCUCUGAGGUCGUCGGGUAUGAUGCGGAUAAGGGCUCAGUCACGCUGGCGGAUGGGUCGGUUCAGUAUGGGGAUCUAGUGAUCGGGGCGGAUGGGGUGCACAGUACGGCGAUUCGCGCUGUACAUGGCCAUUCUACCCACGUUGAGCCGACGGGGUGGUCGGUCUUUCGGUUUUUGAUUCCUACAGAAGAUUUGCGGAACGAUCCUGACAUUGCGCCGACACUUGAUAAAGGGGCCACAACCGUGACUGAUGGGAUGUUGACGAUAUUUACUGCACCAGAAGGUCAGCGGAGAUUGGUGCGGUAUCCUUGUGCUGACAACACGAUUCAGAACUUCGUGGCCAUGUACAACGAUCCGCAGAUUGACGAUCAUGAACGAGAAGACUGGGAUCGCUCCGCGACCAUCGACGACAUCCUGUCCUACUACCAUGAUUUUCAUCCCGAUCUCCUGAAUGUCAUCAGAAAAGCGACCGACAUCAAGCGGUGGCCACUUCUCUACCGCGACCCCCUCCCAACAAUCAGCAAGGGCCGUCUCGUACUAAUCGGCGACGCUGCUCAUCCUAUGCUUCCCCACCAAGGCCAAGGCGGCGCCAUGUCAAUCGAAGACGGCGGCGCCCUAGGCGAAGUGUUUGCGGGUCUCCCGGAGGGAACCCCGGGAGACGAGAUUCACCGGCGCAUCGCACUGUUCGAGAAGAUCCGACAUAAGCGCGCGUCGGGGAUCCAGGUCAUGUCGAACGCCGGGCAGGACCAGAUGUGGAGGGUGCGCGAUCGCAUGCGGCCGUUUAUGCCCGACGGAGUUGAGCCGCCGAACACGAUCCCAGAGAUCUGGGAGCAUAAUUUCCGCUAUGAUGUCCUGGCGGAUAGUCGGCGGCAGCUGAAGGAGUAUCUAGAGGGGAGGUAG